AUGUGAUCAACUCUGUUCUGCAGGUGGGGUUGAUAGUGAAAUGAAGUUGGUGAGUAUAGGAGAUUCAGUCACUCUAAACUCUGAUCUUACUGAAAUAAUGGAUAAAGAUUGGAUUCACUGGAGGUUUGCACAUGAAAACACUUUAAUAGCUGAAAUCAAUGUAACGGCCGACAGCGUGACUGUAUAUGAUGAUGUUCUUGAUGGGAGAUUCAGAGACAGACUGAAACUGGACAAUCAAACUGCAUCUCUGACCAUCACAAACGUAAGAAUGAAACAGGCUGGACUUUAUCAACUGCAGUGCGGACGUUUGUUGAAGACUUUCUUUCUCUCUAUCAUUGAAGAGAUACCAAUGAAGGAGGGAGAUACAGUCACUCUAAACUCUGAUCUUACUGAAAUAACAGAUGAUGAGAUUCAGUGGAAGUUUAGAAGAGGAAACACUUUAAUAGCUAAAAUCAAUAAACGAGCAGAUAGAUUCACUGUAUAUGAUGAUGUUCUUGAUGGGAGAUUCAGAGACAGACUGAAGCUGGACAAACAAACUGGAUCUUUGUUUGUCACAAACGUCACAACUGAACAUGCUGGAGCUUAUGAACUACAGAUCAACCGUAUGAGCAUAAAUUACUUUCUUGCUGUCUAUGAUGAAAUAUCAGUGAAGGAGGGAGAUUCAGUCACUCUAAACUCUGGUCGUACUGAAAUAAUAAAGUUUGAAAUGAUUAUGUGGUUGUAUAUGAAUGAAGUAACUUUCAUAGCUCAAACCGAACCACGGCACAACAAUAUCACUGUACAUGAUGAUGUUCUUGAUGGGAGAUUCAGAGACAGACUGAAGCUGGACAAUCAAACUGGAUCUCUGACCAUCACGAACAUCACAGCUAAACAUGCUGGACGUUAUGUACUACUAAUAGAGAGAGGACCGAUAAACCAGUUAUUCAAAGCUUUCCGUAUGUCUGUCUAUAGUGAGUAGAGAUCAGAUUCAAAGGAGCUGAACAAGAUCAAGCACAUAUUCACACAUCAGAAACCUAAAGGAUGGUGUUAAGUUGAUGUGGUUAAUUUUCAAUGCUCAUAUAUGCUCAAAGUAUAAAAUGAAAGUGUUUGUCAUGGUAAAUACUGAAGAUUACCAAAGAUACAUUUACAUUAGAUUCAAUAAUUUUUCAUAUUUGAUUUGGGGAUUUAAUGUAUUUUUUUAAAAAAUGUUUCUCUCUCGCAGUGUUAUUAUUGUACAGAUUCAGUUUGAAGGCUUUGUUCAUAUGUCUGUCAGAUAAGACGCACAGAUCUCACGUUUCUGUCCAUUUGUCAUUUGUAUUUGCUUGCAUUUAUCAAUAAAGUUUUCUCAAUGUGA